CCGUGAACGUCUCUACAAUCUAGGAGACUCCUCCCUCUCGAGCGAAGCAGCCUUCCACACUAAAGGGGAACAAAAAGGCGACCUGACAGCGGUGUCUGUACUCCCUCCACUUUCUCCGGGGUAGUCACGAGAUUUCAAUGUUCAGUCUGUUCUUUGGUUUCUGUGUUGACUUUAGUCGAACCUAUAUGGCGUGUGUGACCGGGGAGUUCUGCCAGGCACAGCACCUCACCUCAGUGGAGAAGUGAAUCGGCCGCACUGUGAAGGACUACGCUACCCAGAAACCCCCCUGACUGCCAGCACAAUAGGAACUGCUGAUUUAUCCAAAAAAGCUCCUUGGGAUACUGCGUAGUCCUCGGCCUGACUGCCCCGCCUUGUCCCAGUCAAUCUGAAAAGUCCUUGCUUUCUAAUUUCUCCUUUAACAGCCAAUCACAAACCGCUCUCCUGAAUGGGCCGUCUCGCCAACAUGAACCGCCCCGCAGCAGUCGAGAUUUCCUACGAUUGCAUGAAGUUCCUCAUCACCCACAAUCCUACCAAUGCCACGCUUAACAAGUUCACUGAGGACCUGAAGAAGUUUAAGGUGAAUACACUGGUGAGAGUAUGUGAAGCCACUUAUGAUAAGGCUCCAGUGGAAAAAGAGGGAAUACAAGUUGUGGACUGGCCCUUCGAUGAUGGGGCACCCCCUCCCACGCAGAUCGUGGAUGACUGGCUCAAGCUGCUCAACACCAAAUUCAGAGAGGAACCGGGCUGCUGCAUCGCUGUGCACUGUGUGGCAGGGCUGGGCCGAGCUCCAGUCCUGGUGGCCUUAGCCCUCAUUGAAAAUGGGAUGAAGUAUGAAGAUGCUGUUCAGUACAUAAGGCAGAAGAGACGUGGAGCCUUCAACUCCAAACAGCUUCUUUACCUCGAGAAAUAUAGGCCCAAGAUGCGCCUGAGGUUCAAGGAUAACAACAGCCACAACUGCUGCGUGCAGUAGGCUCAGUCAGCGCAUCUGUCUAGUAAGCAUCUAGCCAGGAGUCCUCCAACACGGAGUUUAAAAAUUAAAGAAGAAAAAAAUAUCAAGAGUGCUAUCAGUAAUUAUUGUGAUGAAUUGUUAACACUGAGUCAUGGCUAAUUGAUCCGAGCAAUUGAAUCCAGGUCUGGGGAUCCACCAGCCGAACCAAUGAAUGGAAGGUCAAAGCACAGAGAAGGGCCCGCACCCGCUUCUAAUGUUCUACAUGGGGCCAGAAUUUCCCACUCGAGUCCAUCCUCUUUUUAGUUUUGUAUUUUCAGUUGAAAUCAUGGAAAAACAACUUAUUUUAUGUGAACUUUUACACAAACAUGGUGAUGGUGGAUGAAAUGUUAUUGUACUCUGAUUUUCACUGAUGAUUAGGCCAAAAGAAAAAAAAAGUACCUUUUUAAAACUCUUUUUAAACUUUGAACACAUUGUGACUGUCGUUUUUUGCACAAAACCCAAAAAGGUUCACCUGAAAAUGCAGUAGUGUUUUCCUUUUAACAUUCACUUGUGUUAGGUCACUCUCAGUUUAGGGAUUCACAGUCUGAAUAUGACUAUUUAUUCACAUCUGGAAAUGAGUUUGGCAGGGCAAGGGCACUUUGUUAUUCAAUAGUUUGUUUUCCAAUUGUUUGAGAGCCAUGUUUUCUUUUUUUUUUCUUUUCUUUUCUUUUCUUCAUUUUAAGUUCUUGUUGGAGUGCAAUAAUCAUUCAACCUCAGAUAAGCCAAUUAAACCCUGCCGAGCGUCUCGCCACACUCGGACGCAGAAGCGAGCGCAGAUGCAUUUCAGACGUGAUCCAGGGAGUUCCACCAGAAAGAAAGGAAUCUGCCACACCUUGUACUUUAUUUACUAGAAGUGGAAAGGAGUUCCAGAAAUAUGCAUAUUUCAACUUGUAUACACAAGAGCCUAAGAUCCAAUCAGAUCGGGUGGAGAAGAAUGGAAAUGAUCACUUUUUUAUCAUUGUACCCAUUUUGAAAAUAUCCCCAAUUCGUAUUUCAAGAUAAAUAAAUUGAAAUAAAAAGCA